AUGGCUUCCUGUGAUACCAUCGACAAGCAGAAGUCGUAUCUCAGGAUUCUCAAGAGCGAGCUCUCGGGCAACAAAGACGUCUUCACCCGGGUGUACAAGUACACAUUCACCAUCGCCAAGACUGCGGACCAGAGGGCUGUUCCACUCGAGAUGGCCACCGUGUACUGGGAGUUGCUCUUCAGUUCGCCCUUGUCUGCUGUUCAGUGGUCAAGUCCCAACACUCCGUGGCUUACUUGGUGGACUGAGUUCCUCAAUACGUCGUGGAAGAAGAGCGUCAACAAGGACAUGUGGAACGAGACACUCAAGUUCGCGCAGCUCUCGCUGGAAGAUGAGACCAUGGGCUUCUGGAACGAGGAGUCUUCAUGGCCGUCUGUCAUUGACGACUUUGUCGAGUUCGUCAAGAAGGAGAAGCGGGGUGACACGGGAGAGCAGCCGAUGGACGAAGACUACUAUUGA